AUGGUGACGGUGGAGGACCCUGUUUACGUUCAUGGUGGUCAGUACCAUCUGCUCGGGGUGAAUGUGAGAGAGAAGCCCCAAGUGGAAGAGUCUCUUAGUGGGGCUGAUCUAGAUUCCCCUACCCUGCUAUUGUCUGAAGUGGUGCUCACCUACAUGGAGACACAAUUGUAAUUGUACUUAUUCUCUUGACCCUGGUCGGAUGCUGUUAUUGGCUGGGCUGCGAGGCUCCUCCCCAAGUUGCCAUUUGUGAUGUACGAAUAGAUCAGCCCCCACAACCCCUUUGGUCGAGUCAUGUACGACCACUUCCUGAAGCUCAGCUCCACCUUGCACUCGCUCAGAGACUACCCAGACAGGACUGCACAGGAACAGUGUCUGGAUAUGAAUGAGUUCUACCUGGGUCUGAUACCACAGAAGGAGACACGCGGAGUGGUGCUGCUCAGUGGGGGCUCAGGCUAGGGGGGUAGAGAGGAUACUACAGCCAGGGUCCUCAUCAGAGCCACGGGUGGCUGGAGAUGUGCCUGUGUGAAAUCAUCCAAUGACUGGGGUGUCAUACUGUAUCACACAGCAACAUCUGUGCCUGGGUGGGGAGCUGUGUUUGGUGGCCGCUCCUGCCCACUCAACCCAAUCAGAACCCUCCUCAGAGUGACCGAUGACAAUGCAUCAGUGAGGCUAUCCUUGAAAAAAAUGACGUGUAGUGGCAACCCGCCUCAACCAAGAUGGAGGCACACUCUGACCAUGGCACUCCUUCUGCUCGGCACUCCUUCUGCUCGGCUCUCCUUCUGCUCGGCACUCCUUCUGCUCGGCUCUCCUUCUGCUCGGCACUCCUUCUGCUCGGCACUCCUUCUGCUCGGCACUCCUUCUGCUCGGCUCUCCUUCUGCUCGGCUCUCCUUCUGCUCGGCACUCCUUCUGCUCGGCACUCCUUCUGCUCGGCACUCCUUCUGCUCGGCUCUCCUUCUGCUCGGCACUCCUUCUGCUCGGCACUCCUUCUGCUCGGCUCACCUUCUGCUCGGCUCUCCUUCUGCUCGGCUCUCCUUCUGCUCGGCUCUCCUUCUGCUCAGCUCUCCUUCUGCUCGGCACGCCUUCUGCUCGGCUCUCCUUCUGCUCGGCUCUCCUUCUGCUCGGCUCUCCUGGGCGACUCUGACCAGUCGACAACGAUGGCUCUGAUUGGUGGGGAAGGAAACUGCUUCUCUGUUGUGACUCAUCACAACCCUCACCCCAUCACUGUAGACCUGAAACCUGUUCUAUAA